GCUUCUUGUUUUCUGUCAGCCCCCUUUGGCAAGCAUCUCUACCAUGAGUAGGCAUGGGAACCAGUUAAAGAAAGUGUCGAUUCACUCGAGUAAAUGCUGAGAACUCUGGCUUUUGUCUGUGCUGAAUGCGUCCGGAAAGGCAAAAAAGAGCGAGAUUCUGCUGUGGGGUUUCUCAUCUCCAUGGUGGUAGGUGCUGACAGCCUUAGAGAGUGAACUAGAAGGACACAGAGCAAAGAGAAUGAGAUGUGUUCGCUACGGUCCUAUUGAAGAUAAAAAGGUCACAGGGUUUGGAUCUAUAACUGAGGAUUUAACUGAAAACUAAAAAGAAAAGAAAGAAAGCAAAGCAAAGAACCACACAAAUUAACAACACACCUGGAUCUUUUAACUGAUAUAAAACACCCCUGGAUGCCCUAAAGGACUUAAGAAAGAAUGAGCUAUUACGGAAGUAGCUACCGGAUUGUCAAUGUGGACUCCAAAUAUCCAGGCUAUCCACCAGAGCAUGCCAUAGCUGAGAAGAGAAGAGCAAGAAGGCGCCUACUCCACAAAGAUGGCAGCUGCAACGUGUACUUCAAACACAUUUUUGGAGAAUGGGGGAGCUACAUGGUUGACAUUUUCACCACUCUUGUGGAUACCAAGUGGCGCCAUAUGUUUGUGAUAUUUUCUCUGUCUUACAUUCUCUCCUGGUUAAUAUUUGGCUCCAUAUUUUGGCUCAUAGCCUUUCAUCAUGGAGAUCUAUUAAAUGAUCCAGGCAUCACACCUUGUGUUGACAAUGUGCAUUCAUUUACGGCAGCAUUUUUAUUCUCCCUUGAGACCCAAACCACCAUAGGGUACGGUUACCGGUGUGUGACAGAAGAAUGCUCUGUGGCCGUGCUGACAGUGAUCCUUCAGUCCAUCUUAAGUUGCAUCAUAAACACCUUCAUUAUUGGAGCAGCCUUGGCAAAGAUGGCAACUGCCCGGAAGAGAGCCCAGACUAUCCGCUUCAGCUAUUUUGCCCUCAUCGGUAUGAGAGACGGGAAGCUUUGCCUCAUGUGGCGCAUAGGUGAUUUCCGACCAAACCAUGUGGUAGAGGGAACAGUGAGAGCCCAACUUCUACGUUACUCAGAAGACAGCGAAGGGCGGAUGACCAUGACUUUUAAAGAUCUCAAACUUGUCAAUGACCAGAUCAUCCUGGUAACCCCGGUUACUAUUGUCCAUGAGAUUGACCACGAGAGUCCUCUGUAUGCCCUUGACCGCAAGGCAGUGGCCAAAGAUAAUUUCGAGAUUUUAGUGACAUUUAUCUACACUGGGGAUUCUACUGGGACAUCCCACCAGUCUAGAAGUUCCUACGUCCCCAGGGAAAUUCUCUGGGGCCAUCGGUUUAAUGACGUAUUGGAAGUGAAGAGAAAGUACUAUAAAGUGAACUGCUUGCAGUUUGAAGGAAGCGUGGAAGUCUAUGCCCCCUUUUGCAGUGCCAAACAGUUGGACUGGAAAGACCAACAGCUCACCAACUUGGAGAAAACAUCCCCUGCCCGAGGGUCGUGCACCUCAGACACCAAUGUCAGGAGGCGGUCGUUCAGCGCGGUUGCCAUUGUGAGCAGCUGUGAGAACCCAGAGGAGACCACCGCUUCCCCACCUGAUGAGUGCAAGGAAGUCCCGUAUCAGAAGGCUCUCCUGACUUUAAAUAGAAUCUCCAUGGAAUCCCAGAUGUAGCCCUCCUCUUCAGCCCCUUACCCGAAGGCACAAAAUUGUAGUAAGCAUGAUUUUUAAACAAAAUGUUAGAUCUGCCCUUUGCAGCAAGAGUAGACAGUAGAGCAGGUUAAAAUUGGUAAGUGAUCAUCUAAAAAUUCCAUAGCUUUCCAAUAUUAAAAUUUGGCAUUGGUAGCAAACUUUGUAUUGGGGAAGCUAUAAGAAGCUUAAUUGAUUACAAUUAAUCUCAUUAUUGCAUACACUUGUGUCUUCUCUUGAACAUGGAAUAUUUAGGAGUGGGAGAAAAGAGAGGCUGCUAGAAUAGAUUAAAAAUAGAGAGGUAAAUAUUUUCAUUUAUAAAUUAAUUAUGCAACGAGAGCUUAUAAUAAUAUCUCAUAACCUAAGUGCAACAAAUAAGACAUGUCUCAGUAAAAACAAACAAAAAAAUUAAAUGUAAGUAAAAUGAAGUGUGGUUUGAGGUACCAUAUUUGCCUUUCAUUGGUAUCAGAAGACAGAGUCGUGGCUUUAAGAAACUAAUAAUGCCACCAAGUCAAAGAUUUCUUUCAGUGAGACUUGCCUAAAAUGUUAUUGGUAAGUGCUAGAACCUAACCAUGUGGCAGAAGAAAUGGAGACAUCAUUAUUUAGAGAAGUAUUUUUCUCUUAAAUACCUUGGUUCAACCAAACAAAUGGGGACCAGAAGUGAGGCAGUGGCCUUUCCCUCUGCUCCUUGGAGAAGUCUGUGCUCAUAUCCCCCGCUGCUCUCAAGCUUUUGUGAAGAGGCAUCACAGAGUUGGCUGCAGCAGCGAGGCAGUUGUAUGUAUCCUCAGACCUGAGAGAAUAAAUGUUGUUGGCUCCUGGUCCUGAGAGGCUACAUGUAGGCAGAGAGGAGUUAAAAGAGCCAGAACUUUUCCUAAAGACAGCGAGGCAGUGUAUGUGGCGACUUGAGUUGCAGGCAUGAACAGUUUUGUGAAACAAUGCAAUGAAGUUGAUUUGAUUGUGUAUUAGAGGGAUAAACCAAAUAUUAUGGAAAUGAUUACAUUUUAGGUCAAAAGAUGAAUGUGUAUUCUGUUAUCAUGUUAAGGGAUUAAGUUAAUUCCUGAUUCCUUUCAGCAUGAACCCAGUCUCAGACACUGUAAGCUUUAUAAACGGAAGAAUUAUUAGCUAUGGCUUGGCAUGAUUUGUGAAUUUUUUCCACUGUUUCUGAGCUAGGAAUGAGUAUAUGAUGUAGCUGCUGUUUAAUUUAAACACACACACACACAAACACCACACUUACUUAAACUUAAUUUCAAAAGUAGACUGAACUGAAUCAUGCAGUCGAAGAUUACCAAGCUAAAUAAAGCAAACAGGUAUUGAAGGGCUUUCUUUCUUCUUCUGUAAUUUUCUUUUUUUCUCCUUCUCCCAUUCUUUCUUUGUUUCUUCCCGUUAUCCAGGAUCAAUGCAGAAUACUGUGUACCUUUGCAAAUACACAUGUGUAAAUAAAUCUUUCAUCCCUAAUAUCUUAUAAAUAAGAUAACCUGUUCAAGGGGCAAGCUAAAAACUCUCCUGAAACUGAAUAUCUGGGAUGAAAGUCAUGUUUAACCUUUACUCCUUUAUGAAUGGAGAAUCCAUUAGUUAAACCAUACAAUAUAGCCAUGUGUUUACAAAUACACACACUCUCACACACACACAAUUUGAUUUGUUAAUAGCAAUUACUUGUAUAAAUUAGAAUAUUUCCAUUUCCAAGCCUAAAAAUCAUCACCACCGUAACAGUGCUUUCCCCACCAAUUUGAAUUUGCUUCUCUGGAAGGCAGGUGCAUUUCACUGCACUGUGUUUCCUUUGUGCUGUCCUCCCAUGAUGCCUGCCAUUGAAACAGGGGAUCAUUGAUGUCUGAUUAAAUACAAUCUAUCGCACUACGUGUUCACACAGAGUGGAAUGUAUGGUCAGCAUUCCUGUGUCCCACGCAUCUCUGAUCAUCUAUGCAGAUUUAUAGCAUGCUUUGAAACCUCCAAUGACUUCCUUAACAAUAAAGAUGAUAGAGUAAUGCGAAA